UCCCAAAGUGCUGGGAUUACAGGCGCGAGCCACCGUGCCUGGCUAGCCAAUUUAUUUUAACAGCAUUUCACUUCCAACUUUGUUAAAGUUGGCUAGAUGUGUAAAAUCAUUUAUUUCAAAUUUAAAAAUCCAAACUUCUCCCUAUUUUGUCCAGAAUUUCAAAAUUGCAGUGAGUUGUGGUCGCCUGGAAACCAGGUGUAUGAUACUUCGUUAAGCACACUAAUUGGCAGUGUGGAGUUUUGCAUUGCAGAAGGCUUGUUAGUGAGGGUGGGUGGGAUUCCACACUCCUCCAAUUAGUGGGCCCUGAGCCACUUGCACAUUUAAAGUAUGAUUCAGUUUACCCAAGUUUGUUUGUUGCCAGCUCUUCAGGAAAAUACUAUUAUACAAGCCAAGGUCUCCUAUUUGGCAACCUUUUGGAUCACGAGGUCCACACAUAAAAGGACUAACUGCAGGCUCCCUGGUAGCUGGUUAAUAUCUUGGGAAUUUAAAUAUGAAGAUAAUUGAUGUCCAUGGUUAGGAUCUGUUAUUUAAAUGUAGAAGCAUUUAACUAUGCCUUUGGAGUUGUUUUUGGAUUGUGAGAAUAACAGCCACCACCUGUGCUAACAAUUCAUUGAGCUUUUAUGCUGUCCCACAUUUCAGUUGCCUUAAGGCAUUGUGUUCUUAGGUUACACAGAUGGCCUGUGAAGGGGAGAAACUGAGGCAGAGAGAGGGAUAGGAUCUUGCCUAAGCUAGUUAAGCAGCAGUCACAAUUAGAAGCCCAGAUCUCCCAGGACUAUUCCCACUGUGUGACAGAGUCCUCACCUUUCUUCAUGAAUGGUAGAUUUUCCCAUCUCCUUUAAUAUUCACUAAAUGAAUUCAUGAACAAAGGCCAAAGGACAGAAGGGAGGGAGGGAGGGAGGAAGGAAGGAAGGAAGGAAGGAAGAUUGAUUGAUUGUUGGUUCUGUCCUUCAGUUCUUAAAAAUGCCAGAGAAAACUUUGAGACAAGGUCAUUUCCUAAAAGAAGUAGAGUAAACAUUCCCAGUCAUGAGUUUUUGGAUUUGAAUAUUUCUAAAAUGUUGAUUGACAAAACCUUCUAAUACAUUUGUUAUAAAAAUGACAGAAAGAGGAAAAAUAUCCAGCAUUUUGGAAGAAGGGGCUCUAAAUAUUAGGCAUAACUGCAUUUGAACUGAUUCCUUCGCUUCCUCCUGGGCCUGAGCCGCAAGGCUACUGCUCCAUUGAGAAACUUCUCUGGGACCCCUAGACUAACUCUCAGUUGCUCCUAAGCUAUCUGGGGGGUGAACAAACGGUCCUGUCCUCUUAUGAGCCCAGGGAGCAGGACCUGGCCACCUGAGGACCCCGGCAUUAGCCUCCAUGUUUGUGCUGGGCCCUCCUGAGACAACCCAAUCCAGACACUGGCUCCUAUAAGUAGCUCACCGGGGACUCAGGGGAAUUCCUUCAUAGUGUUCUGUAUUUUGUCCAACUUCUGAGCCAGAGAAGCCAGAAAGGGAAGCCUUUCUGUCUGGACAGCUGCAGCCCAGACUGGACAUGGGAACAGAGCAGUGGCCUCCUCCAUAACAUGGGGCCUUGUGCCCACCGGUCCCGGCAGCACUGAACCCCUGACUCAAGCCUGUCCUCGGCCCCAGUGAGCCUCUAGUUAUUGCCAGUGGCUGAGGGAGGGUGAUGGGUGAGGACGUCAUGCAGGCGAGCUGGGAGGUAGCACCGCAGUUUCUCAGCAGUGUUCCUGCAAAUUAUCACCAUAACGCACCUGUGCAGGCCCAGCAGCCCGUGCAAGUGUCACAGCACCAUACGGACAUGAAUUGAUAUGUCUUUAAUAACAGGGAAAUGGCAGGGUGUCAAUUUACACUGUUGUUUUCCUGCAGGGUUUUUUUUAAGCCAUCUUCCCAAGUGUUCUCUGGGUUUUGCUCUUACCCAGGUCCCCUGUCUGCCAUCCAGAGGCUGGCAUGAGCCACACAGGCUGGGUCUGAGAUCAGCCAAGGCCCUGGGCUGGUGCUGUCCCGCCCCUCUCCGCGGACGGGCCCUGCGUUCGCAUCAUUAGUUCAUCACCAUGGAAGAACUGGGCUGUCGAGCUGACCUACUUUUCUUGUUUGCCCACAGCAGACUAAGCCUGUUUGGCCUUGUCCAGAGGGGCUGGGCAGAGCAAGUUGCUUUCCGAAUAGUACAGAUGGCAGUCUUCUGAGUGUGUAGUUAAAUCUCUUUGCCCUUUUUGCCAUUAGUCUGCGGAGUUAGGGCCCAACACCGGGAUGGCUUGAGCCCAGGUCCAAGCACAGGAGCGUCCUGCAACCCAUAUUCAGCCCCUCCCCUGAAGAAUCAUCCUGCCUUAGGAUGAAUUGUUGCGAGAACCAAUGCCAGGCUUCUUUCUAGACGUUAAACACUGAUUCCUAAAUGGAAGCUCUUCCUACUCUAUACUAAGCCCUAAGAACAUCAGCCACUUGCAGAGAUGCCAGGAGGGUGGGACCCAUGCCUGGGCUUGAGGGGUUUACCAUCCAGUGGGGGAGGGUUGUGAACAGCUAAAGCCAAGGUGAAGCUGACACAGAAGAGGAUGGGGAUGGGCCGUGGGGGCCGAGGAAGAUGCGCUGGUAGAGUGGAAGGUGUUGGAGAGGAGGACGAUGUGAUUGAGGAUGGGGCUAAAGUCACAGACUGGCAGCUCAUCAUCUGAGGGUUAGAAUGCUAUGACUUGGAACCUUGGGAAGUACUAGUAGAUACACAUAUUACCCCCUCCCAUAUUUAAUGGGUUUUAUUCUUUGCUGAAAUAUUGUUAUAUUGCUGCUUGUGGGAAUAGGAUAGUAUCUGUUAGAGUUGUUCAGGGUGAAAUCGUUAAGAUCAGACCCAGACUGUCAUGAUUAAAUAAGCUAAUGCACAGGAAAACCACCAGCCAGAGCUUCAUGUGUAGCUUAUUUCUCCAGCUUAUGAAUUUUGCGUGUAGCAACAUGCCUUGUGUCCUGGACCUGUGCCUCCUAAUUCUGAUGCCAUGACUUCUGACUCAAGGGGAUGUGUCUUGGACUCUCCUUACCACCCUGAAGCCACCACCCAGAGCCUUGGAGGUGGAGUCGGGCCAGUGGGUGAAUUUUGCCUUUACUGGGGCCACUUCAUUAGACAUUUGCAAAAGAAGAGAACUCAGUGUGUUUUUAAAAAGAAAAAUAUGUACAUCUCAUUUCUCUUGCAGUUUCUUCCGCAUUAUCCAGAGGCAGAGUGACAGAUGUAAGGAGAGAGAUCUAAGAUAUCUUUAAUGUACAAUGUGAAUAUCUGAAUAAACAUUGAGAAACUGGAGAUUUCUAGUCCUGCUGAGGCAAAACCCAGAUGACCUUUAGAUGGCAUUUAAAGUCGGUCAUUUCUGUAGGUCCCAUUAACCAGUGAUGGUAACUUUGAUCACUCAAUGAAAGCAAUGGCUCUUCUUUAGACACCCAGCAGACAUCUAUUGAAUACCUGUAUGGGCCUCUGAGUCUUGCUGUUUGAAGAGGGAAAAUGGAAAUAUUCAGCCCUACAUUGCCUAAGCCCCUCACUAGGGAGAGCUGUAAGCUCUUGGCGAAGGGUUUGCCACGGGGCUCUCUGUUUGUUGAGGUUCACUCUGUAUCUAGUGGCUUUUCUAGCACAGGCAAAGACAUGCCCUUCGCCGUGUGACAUUUGAGGAGACCAGUUGUCCUGACCAGUUGUUUUCGCUGCUGACCUCUGAUCCCCACAUCCCAGCUUCUCUGUCUACUGGUUGGUCUUCCUGACUUUAGUUUUGUUCCUGUGUAUUUGAUCCAUGCACAAGUUUUUACCAGACUAGAUAUCCUGGAGCUGGGCUGGUUGGGGUUUUGGAGGCAUGUCCAGGAUUGGUUCACUGUAUGGAUUAGGGUCUAGUUGUAUCAAGAUGGUGAGAGAAAGGCCUCACCGGGCAGCAGUCACCAAUGGAUCCCAAAUUCCCAGCUGGGCCUGCAUCACACUCAACCAAACAGAGUUUUCAGACAACUCAGAUUUUAAAAAGAGAAACAGCAGCCUAUCAGUUUGGUGACUUAGCAGAUACAUCUCAAUGCUUUUUGCUUUUUAAUCGACUUUUUAAAAAUGAUGAAUUAAUGUCAUUUUCUGUAUUAAUGCACCAUUGUGUAGAUUGGUGUAGGUGCCGUGGAGAUGUCCUCUGAGGUUGAGAGCCUAGAGUGGGCGUGUUCAGGGGUAGAGGGCUAUGUCGAGUAACUAGAAGGAUCAAGGUUUUCCUCAUCUGCACACCCUCCUCCUGGCAGCAUGCAGUGGUGAGUUCCUGGUUCAUUGGGAGUGAGAUGGGGACCCUCCUGCUCUGUGUGCAUACUGUGUGAGGUGUGUAGCUUUGCCAGGUCUUAGCAUGACACACUGGGAUGACAGCUAACAAGCUCAUGUCUCUGAGGGUUGUUAGAGAGGCCCCAGCCCUGGUAUAAUGCCUCUGCAAGGCAUGUUGCACCCCCAUAAUGGGCCGGCUACAUCCAGGGAGCAGGCCAGGCUCAGAGGUAGGGCAAGCAAUCAGCUGGCCUCAGGGCCCAGCCAAGACCCCUCAUCAUCUCUGACUAUAGUGACAGUUAGAUGCAGGGAAGGGGUGGCAAAGUUGAUCUCCUUGGUAGUUUCUACCCGAGUGCACCUCCACACAAAAUGGUGCAGACCUUCCCAGGGACCCUAACCUGCAGGGAAUCUCAGGGCAGGGAGAGUUGCAGAUGCUCUGGGCAGUACCACAGGUGUGCCUGUAUCCUCAGGACAUCAGGCCCAAAUGCAAUGAGAAGCUAGCCACUUGGAGGAGGAGUUGGGCCAGUGGGUGGAUUGAGCCUUUACUGGGGCCACUUCAUUAGACAUUUGCCAAAGGAGAGAACUCAGUCUCUUUUAAAAAAUAAAAAUAUGUUCUUCUCAUUUCUCUUGCAGUUUCUUGAGCAUUAUUCAGAGGCAGAGUAACAGAUGUAAGCCCACUUGAGGGGCUCCAAAUGCCCCAUUUUCUCAUGCCCCAGGACCUUUGAACAAGCCUUUCCUUCUGCCCACAUGCCUCUUCCAGGCUCAACUGAUUUGCAUGAUACAGAGACAGUGGAAGGAAUGGAGGAGGGUGUAACAUCGCAGAUACCUUUAGCAAUGACUUUGUGAAAUCUAAUACACCGUGGCAGAGUCCCAGGUGUGAAGGAAGAGAGCUCCCCACUGCUGGUGCUGUCCAGGCUGCUCCCUGCGGGGCUCCCUGCAGCCCAUGAGCUUGACUUGGCCCCAGCUGUGUCAGCAGGGGUGGUGGGCAGGUCCCUGGCUGCACAGGGAGGGCCGGCAAUGCACCGUCUGCUUAAACUGUAAGUAAAAGAAGUGAGGGUGACAGGAGAAGGAAGAGGGUGCAACAUGAGGGUGCUUCCUACCAGUAAGGUGUCUCGGCAUCAGACAUGCGUGACCACGUGACCUGCAGCUCUAAAGGUCCCACCUGUUCUCAUUCUAAAGUCACUGUUUCUGACCAAUGUGCUGUGGAAGGGGAGGCAGUUAACCAGAUGAGAUUUCCUAAUAGAUUCUCCUAUCGACUGUGAAAAGUGGGUCUAUCCACUUCAGCUUACAGAUGAGGCCAUCAUGCCCAGGCUCCAAGGCCACCACACAAGUGAAGGCAAGAGCACUGAGGACAUCCCAACCUAGAUCUGGCCAGUUCCCAAAGCAAUUCUGCUGCCUCCUAUGGUUAGCAAUUCACAUGAAACCUCCUACGUUUUGAUUAACUGUUAUUUAAAACUCUGAUAUUAAACCCAAGACUCCAAAGUCUAGGUGUCCAAAACGAAUUUGAUUUCUUGUUUCAAGGGCAUCUACUUUUGCUCUCUUUGCAACCUUGAGCCCAGUGAAGACGAGCAUUUCUGGCCCUGAAGGAGCACUUGGAUAGUCAGCACAUGGAGGGAGAUGCCGGCUGGAGCAGUAUUUUGUGGAUUCAUUUCGGUUUGUCUGUGGCAGCUGAACAGCGGUUUCCCACAAAGGCUUUCACUGACUCAGCCCCAAGCAUGACUCAUAAAUCUCCUUUUCCCCUCUUGCUGAUUUUCCUAGGCAUCUAUUGUCCACACCCUGACCGCACACUGUCACCCAUCACAGUCUCCAGUUGACUCAGGUUUACUCUGUGCAAUCUGAACUCUUGAUAAAGAGGCCCUCUAAAAGGAGCCUUAAGUGAUGGCAACAUAAAUGUCAGAGGUUGCAAGAAUAAUAUGUCAGGUUAGGAUGGCCCUUCCAUCCAGAUGUCAUGGCCAUUUCUAUCUUGGAAAUUCUUUGCUGACCAAACAAUGUUGCUGUAAAUUUACUUAAUAACACAUUUUCUAACUUUCUUCAUCCAUUCUUUCAUUGCAUAUGUCACCAUCUCUCUGAAUAAUGAAUCAUCAGAUUCUUGCAAAAAAAAAAAGAAGCAUGAAGGGGGCACCACAGUUGUAACAGGCAGAUGAAGCUUCAGCUUGGCUUUUUAGACACUCGUGAUAGUGUUUGCUUAUGAUCACGACGCUCAUGAGGGUCUUUCCUUGGUCUCUUCAAGCAAUCUGGCUCUAUGAGGCUCCAGCAAGGACCAUGAGACCUGGCUCCCUGGGACAAGGAUGGAGGGGUCCAGUGUUAGGAUUGGAUCUGUCUGCCUUGCCUUUUCCAGGAAAAACUGCAUAGAAAAUCUAAUGGAUGAAGAUGAGAAAGACAGAGCCAAGAGAGCUUCUCGAAACAAGUCUGAGAAGAAGCGUCGGGACCAGUUCAAUGUUCUCAUCAAAGAGCUCAGCUCCAUGCUCCCUGGCAACACACGGAAAAUGGACAAAACCACCGUGUUGGAAAAGGUCAUCGGAUUUUUGCAGAAACACAAUGAAGUCUCUGCACAAACGGAAAUCUGUGACAUUCAGCAAGACUGGAAGCCUUCAUUCCUCAGUAAUGAAGAAUUCACCCAGCUGAUGUUGGAGGCAUUAGAUGGCUUCAUUAUCGCAGUGACAACAGACGGCAGCAUCAUCUAUGUCUCUGACAGUAUCACGCCUCUCCUUGGGCAUUUACCGUCGGAUGUCAUGGAUCAGAAUUUGUUAAAUUUCCUCCCAGAACAAGAACAUUCAGAAGUUUAUAAAAUCCUUUCUUCCCAUAUGCUUGUGACGGAUUCCCCCUCCCCAGAAUACUUAAAAUCUGACAGCGAUUUAGAGUUUUAUUGCCACCUUCUCAGAGGCAGCUUGAACCCAAAGGAAUUUCCAACUUAUGAAUACAUAAAAUUUGUAGGAAAUUUUCGCUCUUACAACAAUGUGCCUAGCCCCUCCUGUAACGGUUUUGACAACACCCUUUCAAGACCUUGCCGGGUGCCACUAGGAAAGGAGGUUUGCUUCAUUGCCACUGUUCGUCUGGCAACACCGCAAUUCUUAAAGGAAAUGUGCAUAGUUGACGAACCUUUAGAGGAAUUCACUUCAAGGCAUAGCUUGGAAUGGAAAUUUUUAUUUCUGGAUCACAGAGCGCCUCCAAUCAUAGGAUACCUGCCUUUUGAAGUGCUGGGAACCUCGGGCUAUGACUACUACCACAUCGAUGACCUGGAGCUCCUGGCCAGGUGCCACCAGCACCUGAUGCAGUUUGGCAAAGGGAAGUCGUGUUGCUACCGGUUUCUGACCAAAGGUCAGCAGUGGAUUUGGCUGCAGACUCACUACUACAUCACCUACCAUCAGUGGAACUCCAAGCCCGAGUUCAUCGUGUGCACACACUCAGUGGUCAGUUACGCAGAUGUCCGGGUGGAAAGGAGGCAGGGGUUGGCUCUGGAAGACCCGUCGUCCGAGGCCCUCCACUCCUCAGCACUAAAGGACAAGGGCUCCAGCCUGGAACCUCGGCAGCACUUUAGCGCCCUCGAUGUGAGCGCCUCGGGCCUUAACACCAGUCAUUCGCCAUCGGCGUCCUCAAGAAGUUCCCACAAAUCCUCGCAUACAGCCAUGUCAGAGCCCACCUCCACUCCAACCAAGCUGAUGGCAGAGGCCAGCACCCCAGCAUUGCCAAGACCGGCCACCCUGCCCCAAGAGUUACCUGUCCCUGGGCUCAGCCAGGCAGCCACCAUGCCGGCUCCCCUGCCUUCCCCAUCGUCCUGCGACCUCGCACAGCAGCUCCUGCCUCAGACCAUUCUGCAGAGCCCACCUGCUCCCAUGGCACAGUUUUCGGCACAGUUCAGCAUGUUCCAGACCAUCAAAGACCAGCUGGAGCAGCGGACGCGGAUCCUGCAGGCCAAUAUCCGGUGGCAGCAGGAAGAGCUCCACAAGAUCCAGGAGCAGCUCUGCCUGGUCCAGGACUCCAACGUCCAGAUGUUCCUACAGCCGCCAGCUGUAUCCCUGAGCUUCAGCAGCACCCAGCGACCGGAGGCUCAGCAGCAGCUACAGCAAAGGUCGGCGGCAGUGACUCAGCCCCAGCUCGGGGCAGGCCCCCAACUUCCAGGGCAGAUCUCCUCUGCCCAGGUCUCAAGCCAGCACCUGCUCAGAGAAUCAAGCGUGAUAUCAACCCAGGGUCCAAAGCCAAUGAGAAGCUCGCAGCUGAUGCAGAGCAGCAGCCGUUCUGGAAGCAGCCUGGUGUCCCCGUUCAGCAGCACCACAGCAGUGCUCCCAACAAGUCUGAAUCUAACCACACCUGCUUCCACCUCCCAGGAUGCCAGCCAAUGCCAGCCCAGCCCAGACUUCAGCCAUGACCGGCAGCUCAGGCUGUUGCUGAGCCAGCCCAUCCAGCCCAUGAUGCCCGGGUCCUGUGACGCAAGGCAGCCCUCGGAGGUCAGCAGGACGGGACGGCAAGUCAAGUAUGCACAGAGCCAGACCGUGUUUCAAAAUCCAGACGCACACCCCACCAACAGCAGCAGUGCCCCAAUGCCCGUCCUGCUGAUGGGGCAGGCGGUGCUCCACCCCAGCUUCCCCACCUCCCAGCCAUCGCCCCUGCAGCCCGCACAGGCCCGGCAGCAGCCACCACAGCACUACCUGCAGGUACAGGCACCAACCUCCUUGCACAGUGAGCAGCAGGACUCGCUACUUCUCUCCACCUACUCACAACAGCCAGGGACCCUGGGCUACCCCGCACCGCCCCCAGCACAGCCCCAGCCCCUGCGUCCUCCCCGAAGGGUCAGCAGUCUGUCUGAGUCGUCAGGGCUCCAGCAGCCGCCCCGAUAGUGCCCUGGCACCAAAGUUGGGACACAAUCAGCUUUAACCAAUGGAUGAGGGGGGUGGCCACAGGAGACGGGGAGAGGAGUCUGAGCUAAACCCUUGGCUUUUGUGCACACUGCAUACGUUUCAGAACUCCUGGAUGGUAACCAUCCCUGGAGUGCAG